ACUGCUAUAAAACUGCUUCUUGCCCUGGUGUAUGACAACGAUCAGGCUACUACAUGUUAGUCAGUCGUGACGCAUCUCUCCCGUCGCCAGGAACCUCAUAUCCUCACAACCCUUACCUUCACGAUCCUGUAAUCAUCGGACAAGAUGCUCGCCAUCCCCAACCCACGGUCUAUUCUCACCACCUGCCUUCUGCUCCUGACGCUAGGCAGUCAGACCCGCGCCGACGAUGCAGACCCCUUCAAACCCGAAAAACCCAUCAUGCUCCGGCAAUCCGGCGGCUUCACAAUAGGCGGCAAGAUCAUACAAGCCCCGUUCAACCCGAACAUGACCCUCUCCUGCGACCACGGUUACGUAGAGUACUUCCACCCCUGGCGGCCUCGCAAGACGAGCAUAGUCAUGUGGCACAGCUCGAGCACACAAACCUUCCAAAACCGCUGGGACGGCGGCGAGGGCUUCAAAGACAAGUUCCUGCGCCGCGACUACCCGGUCUACCUCUGGGACGGCCCCCGGGUGGGGCGCGCCAACUGGGCGUGCAACGUGACCUACUACGUGCCGGACUACCGGGAUCAGGGGAACUUUGCGGCGUGGAACUUUGGCCCGUCGUUCAAGAACUGGUGGCCGGGGGUGCAGUUCCCGACUGAGAAUGAGUAUGCGUGGCAGCAGGCGACGAGUUCGCGCUAUGUUGAGUAUGAUUCGGAGGCGAGUGUGCAUCUCGAGACUAAUGCCGCGGCUAUUGCGGCGGAUUCGGGGAAGUUGGGGAAGAGUAUUGUCUAUUUGGGCAACUCGGCCAGUGGGCUGCGCGCGCAGAUGACGGCUGUUAAGAGCAAUUCGACGAAUAUUAAGGGGAUUGUUUGUUAUGAGGGGUAUGGUUACGUCUUUCCGGACACGGCGGGGAUUCGGCCGGGGGCGGGGAAUAAUGCGUUUGGCCCGAUCAUUGUGCCGGAGGAGGAUUGGAAGAAGUUGACAAAGAUUCCGAUCCAGUUUUUGUGGGGGGAUAAUCGGGAUGAGAGUUUUACCUUUCUUAACCAGUCGAGGCAGGCGGCGGCGUUGAUCAACAAGCAUGGCGGCAACGCCGAGGUCAUACUGCUGGGGAAAGACAAGGGCCUGAAGGGGACUACCCAUAUCGCCUUUGCGGACAUGCACAACGAAAAGGUUGCUGACCUGCUCGAGGACUUUUUGAGAAAGAACAAGCUGAGUCGCUAUGAAAGGGAUGAGUGAAAUCUUUCAGGGGCUCCCGAUGAAGGACAAUUCCAUGUAGUGGGUGGACUACCUAAGGUAGUUUCUUACCCCUAUCUGCGGGUUAUCAAGAUACAUGACUCGGAUUGCCACUCAGAAUAGACCCUAGAGCUC